AGUUAGAAAAGGUAAAAAGGUUGACGAGUUUACUUAGGUACCUAAUGUAGGUACUUUAGGUAGUUGCGGCCCGGGAAUCACGGAUCCAAACCUAGGCCCGGACCGGUACUUGCCCCGCUAACUUAUCCCCAGUAAUUUAAAACUCUCUGACCUUGAGCCUGAGGUACCUUAGGUACCUAGGUACUUAUUAAAAGUACACCCUAACAUUGACAUUGUCCUUGACAUUGACAUGGACAUUAACAUUAUCAACUCCUUAUCCAAGUAGAAGCAUUCCCAUCAAAACUCUCCAUAUGAAUUCAACGCGAUCCCAUGGAUAGCGAGGUAUUUUCUAGACAGAGAUUCGAUGGCGGAUGAGGAUCUCCUGCAAAAGGUACACGGUUUGGAGGACUUGGAUUUGGCAGCGCUUCUAUGUCUCGUCAGUCGCGAACACUGCAUCGUCAGCACUGAGCCCGACGAACUCGACACCUUGGUCGAAGAGCUGCAACUCGUCGCAUCACACACUUUCAAUCUAUCUUCCGCCCUCGUAGACUGUACACCACACACCACGCUCGACGACCUCGCCGCCUCCAUCCAGCUUCGUCCAACUACACCACCACCACCACCACAACCAUCUCAACUUCAACCCCCAACUCCGCGCACUCCAUCCGCUUCUCCUCUCCGUCGCCGAGGAACCGAUGCGUCCUAUUUACAUAGUGGCGGCGGCGGCGGCGUCGUCGGCAGGACCGCGACUCCCACUACGCCGAGACACCAGAGCCCCUUUUCGACGACGACGCUGCUAUCGCCGCCGCCCCAGAUCGCCAACGUCGUCCUAGCCAAGAACCUCGACCGAGCCCCCAAAGACGUCCAGAUCCAAUGCCUGGAGCUCCUGCGGACGCGGCGGAUCCUGACGCGCACCAGCGUGCAGACCGCGCCGAAGCAGUUCCUCUUCGUCGCCGUGCUCGGGUCCGCGGGCGCCGGCCGCCUCGUGUCGCACCUGAUCGAUUUCUUCUACGUCUCGCACUGGCACGAUCCCGAGGACGGGUUUGCGCAUCUGGAAGAGCUGGAGGAGCGGGAGGGGGGAAAGGGAGGGGAAGGGGAAGAAUAUAAUAAUAAUAAUAAUAAUAAUAAUAAUAGUAGUAGUAGUAGUAGGAAUAGAAGAAGAAGAAGAAAAGGGGGCGAGACCGCUAGCAUCGACAGCGCCUCGAGCGUCGUCCAUCGCCGGAGUACCGCGGACUCGAUGUCCGCUCCCGCGCUCAUCACGUCGACGUCUACGUCUGCGUCCGCGUCUGCGUCUCGGCCGGGUCCCAGCCGCAGCAGCGCGACUUACGUGAACCGCGAAGACCAAAUGACCACCACCACGACCACCCCGGCAGACCAAGUCUCGCUAUCCAGCUCUCGCGCAUCAUCGUCCUCGUUUACUUUCCCGUCCAUCAGCGAAUCCGACAUCGCGACCCUCGCGGCUCGGGCGCGCCAGGUCAGCCAGGACGUCGACGUGCUGCGGUACCAGAUGAACAUCGUGUCGUUCCUGCGCAUGCACCGGGCCGUGGCGCCCGGCGGCGGCGGCGCCACCCCCCUGGCUACGAAGCACCUCGACCAGCUGGCCAAGUGCCUCGCCGCGCUGCACGGCCUGGACUACGUCACGCCGUCCCUGGUCGCGCUCGCCGUGAAGAAGAUAUACCCUCACCGCAUACGCAUCGCGGCUCCGGGCCAGGAGCGCAGCAUGCAGUGGGGGAGCGAUCUCUCGGCUAUCGAAGCAUUGCUGGAGGGGAUGGAUGCGGAGUACGUGAUAGAGGACGUGCUGAGCUUAGUCGAGGCACCUUUAUAGAUAGAUACCUACCUACCUUAGGUAGACAAGGUUAUAAUGAUGAUACCCAGCGUUAACAAAACAGUCACACAGUUCACGGUUCGCAGUUCGGUAGCGCGUAUGUAAAUAAUAUAAGUAAUAAUGGUCUAAGGCAUUGAUUUGCGUCCUAAUGUUUUUCUUUUCUUCAUUCGUGAUCGGAAGUUUCCUACAAUACAAAAUCCGCCUUUUCUCUUCCUACCUAGGCUUUAUUCUUCGUCCAUGCCGGAAAUGCCGGCGCCAUACUUCUU